CAUACAGAUGGGAGCUGCCAUACCAUUUGCCUCUGUGCGGGUAGAACUGACAUCCAGGAAAAACAACCACUAUGUUUAUUUCCUUUUUCAGUAUAAAAUCUCCUUAUUCCUGGAAUGUUUGCCCCAUAGAAACCCCAAACCCUUUUCUGUCUCUAUUCUCCUCAGAUUCAGACUGACUGUGAGCAGCAUUUAGAGCCAUUUAGUAUUCUGUCCCUAAUGCUCUUUCCUUUCACUUACAGACGCUGUACGUCGUCCUGGAGGACUUCAGGGAGGAAGACACCGACUUUAAGGCCCUUGCCUCUUAUUACGAACAUCACUACCGGGUCCACUUCGGCAAGAACGUCGUCCUAGAGGACUUUAUUCUUCGAUAUUUCAGCGACCCGAGGACGACGCACAGAGACAACAUUUAUGAGUACUGGGUGUUGAUCCAUUAUCUGGAAGUGCUCGAGAGGGAGUGUGUCGCCCUCUACAGUGAGGAGUUGCUGCCUCCUGAAGCAUCAUCGGAACAGUGGAGAUGGGGGAAGCAUUUCGAGUAUCUGCGGCUGCAGAAUACUAUCCAAUGGCACCUUCACCAGCUUGCCAUGACGCUCUGGGAGAGGGAGCAGAAGCUGCAGGAGGCUGCUGGUGAGGAACAAAAGCCAAGUCCUGCAGCUGAGGGAGAGGAGGAAGAAGUUCCUGCGGUGGAGGAAGAGAAGGAAGAGGGAGCUCCUGGACAACAUCAAGCUCCUGCAGAGGAGGAGGAGAGAGAAGAGAGAGCCUCUGGGGAACAACCAGCUCCUGCACCAGAGAAGGAGAAAGAAGAGGGAGCUCCAGAAGAACAAGCAGCUCCUGCUGCAGAGAGAGAAGAGGGAGCGCCUGGAGAAAAGCAAGCUCCUGAUGCUGAGGAGGACGAGAGAGAGGAGGGAGCCCCUGGAGAACAACCAGCUCCUGCAGCGGAGGAGGAGGAGAGAGAAGAGAGUGCCCCUGGGAAACAACCAGCUCCUGCAGCAGAGGAGAAGGAAGAGGGAGCUGAUGGAGAACAGCAAGCUCCUGCAGCGGAGGAGGAGAAGGAGGAAGGAGCUCCUGGACAACAGCAAGCUCCUGCUGCAAUGGAGAAGGAGAUGGAAGAGGGAGCCCCUGGGGAACAACCAGCUCCUCCAGGGGAGGAGGAGACAGAGCGAGCCCUUGAGGAACAACAAGCUCCUGCACUGGAGGAGGAGAGAGAAAAGGGAGCUCUUGAAGAACAAGCUCCUGCAGUAGAGGAGGACGAGAGAGCCCCUGGGGAACAACAAGCUCCUGCACCGGAGGAGGAGAAAGAAGAGGAAGCAGCUAAAGAACAAGCUCCUGAGGUGGAAGAGAUCAUCGAAGAUCCUCCGGUGGUAGAAAGGGUGACCCUCCGAAAACGGGUCAAGAAGGCCAUAAUAAAGAGGCUCCGCAGGGUUUGGCAUUCCACCCAAAGACUCACCUGCUGCCGCCGACCCACCACCACGGCCUAAAUCCUUUCCUUCCAACCUACCUAUCCCGAGAGCGUAUGUCUGUGUGUGUCUGUCUGUUAUGUUCAGGAGGGAGAGUAGGGGUUGUGUACAGGAGGGAGA